GAGACCUGGGCAUUUUUUAUCACUUGGAUAAAACUACCGUCCUUCAAGAAGCCCGCAUCUUUAAUGAAACACCGAUAGUUCCAAGAAAAUGUCGUUUACUACUGACAAAGAUCAUUUAUCUAUUGUACCUCGGUGAACCAAUGGCGACAACUGAAGCAGGAGAAAGGCGAUUG